AUGUCUGACUUUUAUGAUAUACUAAAAAUAGAAUUCCUGUCGACGUUGUCAUUGAGAAUAACUGCGGUUAUAAGUAAUGCCGACACAGUUUUGGUAUUUAAUUUAUACUGUAAUCGAAUUAAAUGUAUUCGGCGUAAAUUGGAUGAAUUAAAAAACAUUUCAUGCUUGGAUCAGAAAAAUUCUACAGUAAAGAAGUUUUUGGUUACAUACAAACAUUUGUUGGAUAUUUACACUCCAAUGGCUAACGUAGUAAAUUUUUUGGAAGGAUCUCACUUUUUGACGCUGUCGCAUUAUUCAAUUAGUAUUAUAUACAACAUAUCGUUAGUACCAUUUCUACAGGAAACAAUUCUCUUUGAAUAUGAUACGAUAAAGACGAUUCUUGCUAAGGAGAUAUCAACAUGCACAGACAAAGAGCUGAGAGUUUUACUUUUCGACGCAGUUAAGUACAUAACUGUUCGUCCACCGAGACACACUAUAUGGCGUAUAAUUCCCAUGGAUAUCGGCCUCUCAAAAACAUUUAUUGAAAUUUCUAUAAAUUAUCUUAUUGUUAUAAUUUCUUUCUUUGUUUAA